AUGUUCAAGUUUGUAACAGUCGUCGCAUUCCUCGCCGUGGCCGCUGCGUCACCCGACCCGGCCCUCAUCACUACUACUUCUUUGGCUUACUCGAACGGAUUCGUUCCUGGCAUCUCGACCUACAGCGCAUCUGGCGACUACUACAACCCUUCUUCUGUGGUCUACUCGUCCCCCGCUUUGGCCUACUCUGGUAACUACGGCUACCCGCACUUUAUCAAGAAACGGUCUGUACCUCUGGUCAGUAGCUACAUCGCAUCAGCUCCCUGGUCCUACGGCGCUGCACCUCUGGGUACCACCUACGGCAGCCCCUACGCCACCGCCUACAACACUCCCCUACUGCACUCUAGCCAAGUGUACGCCACUCACUUAAUCAAGAAGCGUUCCGCCCCCCUGAUCGUGCCCUCAGCCUCCUACAUCGCAUCAGGAGCCUACCCAGCCUACUCCGCAUACUCUGCUGCUGCUCCUAUCUACUCUUCUCCCUACUACUCCUCUCCUCUCAUCUCAGGAUCUCCCUUAGCCUACACUCAAUUCAUCAAGAAGUAA